AUGGAUACAACAAUUCGAUGUGGGUUAAACUCGUCCACUGAGAAGCAAUUCCAAAGUGAGUUUACGAAUGCCAAAUUCAAGGAAAUUCAAGUGGAAUUCAGAUCUAAAAUGAAUUGCUCUGCCUCAUUAAAUAGCAUGGAAGGUUGCUUUGAUAUGUAUCAUGUGUUGGAGGAGAUAUUAGUUGGAGACAUACGCAAAGAAGGUAUUGUGUGUCGGCAUGUGUUAUCCGUGUGUAGUCAAGAGAGGAUUAUAAGUCUUCCAGAGAAGUAUGUUUUAACGAGAUGGAAGAAAAACAUUAAAAGGAAGCAUUCAUAUAUCAAUACUAGUUAUGGUGUAACAGAGUUGAAGCCACAAAUGGACAGGUUUGACAAAUUAUGCAAGCAUUUUUAUGAGGUUGCUGAAGUAGCUGCUGAGUCAGAAGAGACUACCGAAGACCUCCAUGAAACAUUACAUUUGUUUAGCUCUAAUAUGUCCACAAAGGGUAAUGCCCUUAUUGAAGAAAACCUCAAUGAUGAUUUUAAUCCAAUCAAUAGUAAUAGAAUUCGCAGUCCAAAACAUGUCAAGCGCAAAGGUCGUCCUCCAUCUAAAAGAAAAACAUUUGUUGCCAAAACCAUCACCAAGAGGUCAAGAAAACAAACAAAAAAAAGUGAUCACACUGAGCUUACUACAGAGUGCAAUAUUGGAAUGGUGGGAAAACAGUUUGGAAGUAAUAUUUGUGUAGAAUCAUCUCUUGAGGUUGUUAAUGGAGAGCAUUACUUAGAUUCGAGUAUUGUGGUUGAAAAUUGUAUGUCAUUCAUGGAUCUUUUGACAACAUGUGAAACAACCUUGACGGGUUCAUCUCAAGUUAUUCAAGUGGAAUAUUCGGGUGGGAUGUUGCAAGAUUGUAAAUUGAAUUUUAUAUUAAUCCAAAUUGUAAAUGGUGUAGUUUUGUAA